UGCGCAUUGAGGAUGCAGAGGACAGCAGUGAGCGAGCGCCCGUGGACUGCUUAUGCUGCUCAAGUCGCGGCCACUCCACUCCAUGUUUUGCCCUUCCCUUUUUUUCCCCCUCUCUCUCCUUUUUUUUUUGCGCGCAUCUCGUUUGCUCGUCACUCGACUCGCACUGACAGACACGUCAGACACGGGACGAGUUGUCCCCAUUGAGCAUCGCUGCUUCUCCGGCGCUUAGCGGAAUCGGAAUGUGGAGGACGUAAAGCAAGUAACGAGUGAUUUGCUUUGCUUUUUCUUCUUCUUUUUUUUUUUAAAUGAUUAUUUUUGGAGGCAUCCUUCCAAGAUUUGGUUUUCCUUCCUGGUGGAUUUAUCCUUUCUCAGAGAGGAUUCCGUGCUGUGCUUGGCGAUGUGGAGACUGCGAGUGGUUGUGUGCACCCUGUGGGUGCUGCUGUCCACGUCUUUCUGUGCUGAGAGCAAAGCUCGAAGCUGCGGCGAAGUUAGACAAGCGUAUCAUGCCAAAGGAUUCAGUCUUGUCGGUGUACCUCAUCAGGAAAUAUCAGGUGAGCACCUGCACAUCUGUCCACAGGGAUACACCUGCUGCACAUCCGACAUGGAAGACAAACUCAACCAGCAGAGCAAGUUGGACUUUGAGAAGUUGGUGGAGGAGAGCAGCCGUGACAUGCGGGUGACGUUUGUCGCCAGUCAUAAAAAGUUUGAUGAGUUUUUCUUGGAACUCCUGGAUAAUUCCGAGAGGUCUCUGAGCAGCAUGUUCUCAAGGACAUUUGGGAAGCUAUACGUGAGGAACUCGGAGGUGUUCCAGGACCUGUUCAUCGAGCUGAAGCGCUACUACACUGGGGGCAAUGUCAACCUGGAGGAGAUGCUGAAUGAUUUCUGGUCCAGGCUGCUGGAGCGGAUGUUCCAGCUUUUCAAUUCCCAGUACCACUUCACAGACGAUUACUUGGAGUGUGUCAGUAAAUACUCGGAUCAACUCAAGCCUUUUGGAGAUGUGCCCAGGAAACUCAAAGCGCAGGUCACCAGGGCUUUGAUUGCAGCGCGGACCUUUGUCCAGGGCCUGAUGGUCGGUCGGGAAGUUGCCAACCGGGUUGCCAAGGUGAACGUUGCCGCCGCUUGCGUCAGGGCCUUGACCAGGAUGUUAUACUGCCCGUACUGUCGAAGCAUGCCGGGGCUCAAGCCUUGCCAAAACUACUGUCAGAACGUCAUGAGAGGCUGUCUCGCAAACCAGGCUGACCUGGAUCUGGAAUGGAACACUUUCACGGAUGCCAUGUUGUUGGUGGCAGAGAGACUGCAAGGACCUUUUCACAUUGAUGCAGUCAUUGAGCCAAUUGACCUCAAGAUUUCCGAAGCCAUCAUGAUCAUGCAGGACAACAACAAGAUCCUGUCAGCAAAGUUUUUUCAGAGUUGUGGUCCACCCAAACCUUCAAGCAUAGGCAGGUCUGCACGUGGCAUUUCCGACGUGUUCAGUGCUCGUUUCAGACCUCACCCACCCAAGGAAAAGCCGACCAGAGCUACGGAGACGAGCCUGGAUCGACUGCGGGCUGUCUGGAUGACAAUGCAACACAGUGUGAUUGACAUCAAAGAGAAACUGAAGGUGUCCAAAAGGUUCUGGUCCAAUCUACCGGACGAUAUCUGCGCCGACGGCAAAUUGACUGAGUCUGACGAGGAGCAGUGCUGGAACAGCCACACCAAGGCCAGAUAUUUCCCAGAGGUGGUGAAGGAAGGACUAACCAACCAAGUGAACAAUCCAGAGGUCAACCUGGACAUCACCAGACCCGACACAUUAAUUCGCCAACAAAUAAUGGCGCUGCGGGUGAUGACCAACAAGCUGAAAAAUGCAUACAAUGGAAAUGAUAUCUACUUCCAAGACUCCAGUGACGAAGGCAGCAGUUCGGGAAGCGGCAGCGGCUGCACCGACGGCUGCACGACGGAGGCCGUCCUGGUCGGAUCCGAAGCUCCGGUGAUGGUAGCCGACAGAAGCGACGUCCACACGGCGGUGGCGGGCAAGACGCUCUCCCACGGACCCUCGCAACUGUUACUGCUAACCACCCUCAUAGCGUCGUUCGGCACAAUGCAGCCCGGAUGGAGAUAAUACACCAGCGUCGGCUGCUCGCUAACGACUACGCCGCCGCGUACCGAGGCGCGUUGCUCCCUCGCCGGACCUGUUGGGCCUUCCGGAAGGUUUCGCGACUGACUGUGUGCGAGGAGUGAAAUGCGUACAGUGCUGCAUCCUUGUCAUCCCCCCCC